AUGUCCAGUGCAAGUGUAUUCUCGGUGGCAGACGACGACCCUACACGUCCUGACGUGACAGACGACGACCCGACACGUCCUGACGUGAGAGACGACGACCCCACACGUCCUGACGUGACAGACGGCGACCCCACACGUCCUGACGUGAGAGACGACGACCCCACACGUCCUGACGUGACAGACGACGACCCCACACGUCUUGACGUGACAGACGACAACCCCACACGUCUUGACGUGACAGACGACGACCCCACACGUCCUGACGUGACAGACGACAACCCCACACGUCCUGACGUGAGAGACGACGACCCCACACGUCCUGACGUGAGAGACGACGACCCCACACGUCCUGACGUGAGAGACGACGACCCCACACGUCCUGACGUGAGAGACGACGACCCCACACGUCCUGACGUGACAGACGACGACCCCACACGUCCUGACGUGACAGACGACGACCCCACACGUCCUGACGUGACAGACGACGACCCCACACGUCCUGACGUGACAGACGACGACCCCACACGUCCUGACGUGACAGACGACGACCCCACACGUCCUGACGUGACAGACGACGACCCCACACUUCCUGACGUGCCAAACGACGACCCCACACGUCCUGACGUGACAGACGACGACCCCACACGUCCUGACGUGACAGACGACGACCCCACACGUCCUGACGUGACAGACGACGACCCCACACGUCCUGACGUGACAGACGACGACCCCACACGUCCUGACGUGACAGACGACGACUCCACACGUCCUGACGUGACAGACGACGAACCCACACGUCCUGACGUGACAGACGACGACCCCACACGUCCUGACGUGACAGACGACGACCCCACACUUCCUGACGUGACAGACGACGACCCCACACGUCCUGACGUGCCAAACGACGACCCCACACGUCCUGACGUGACAGACGACGACCCCACACGUCCUGACGUGACAGGCGACGACCCCUCACUUUCGAGAAGACUGAUCAAGUAUUGA